AUGGCUUCGACGCUUGAAUCAACCACCGAUAACCUCUCCAAACUCGACAUUGAUGGCGGUUUCGCCAAUUCCGCUCCUAAUCUACUGAAAAAUCUUUCUACCCUUUCCUUUGAGCAGAUUGAAUUGGCUAAGAUGUUGACGGAGAUGGGACAGAGUCAUUUGUUUGAGCAGUGGGCAGAGCCUGGCGUUGAUGACGAGGAGAAAAAAGCUUUCUUUGAUCAGGUGGCUCGGCUUAACUCAAGCUAUCCUGGUGGUUUGAAAUCUUACAUUAAAACUGCUAGAGAACUUUUAACAGACUCAAAAGCUGGGAAGAAUCCAUUUGAUGGCUUCACUCCUUCUGUCCCAACAGGAGAAUCGUUAACUUUUGGCAAUGAUACCUUUAUCAAUUAUGAGCAGGAAGGAGUUAAGGAAGCUAAGAAUGCUGCCUUUGUUCUUGUCGCAGGUGGUCUUGGGGAACGCCUUGGAUACAAUGGAAUUAAGGUGGCUCUUCCUGCAGAAACCACUACUGGAACGUGUUUUUUACAGAACUACAUUGAGUGUAUUUUGGCUCUUCAGGAUGCUAGCUGCGAACUCACACAAGCAGAAUGUAAAGAGAUUCCUUUUGCUAUCAUGACGUCGGAUGAUACACAUUUGUGCACAUUGGAGCUUUUAGAAUCAAAUUCUUAUUUUGGAAUGAAACCUACACAAGUAAAACUUCUGAAGCAGGAAAAAGUUGCAUGCUUAGAUGAUAAUGAUGCUCGGAUUGCUCUGGAUCCUAAAAACAAGUACAGAAUUCAGACAAAGCCUCAUGGCCAUGGUGAUGUGCAUUCUCUUCUUUAUUCCAGUGGCCUUUUGAAGACAUGGCAUGAUACUGGUGUGAGAUGGGUUCUUUUCUUUCAAGAUACCAAUGGACUUCUGUUCAAGGCAAUUCCAGCAUCAUUGGGAGUCAGUGCUACCAAACAAUACCAUGUUAACUCUCUUGCUGUUCCACGUAAAGCGAAAGAAGCUAUUGGAGGCAUAACCAAGCUUACUCAUGCCGACGGGAGAUCUAUGGUGAUCAAUGUAGAAUACAAUCAGCUGGAUCCUCUGCUUCGGGCGACUGGGCAUCCCAAUGGAGAUGUCAAUUGUGAAACUGGCUAUUCUCCUUUCCCAGGAAAUAUUAACCAGUUGAUUUUGGAACUUGGUCCUUACCUUGAGGAGCUCAAGAAUACUGGAGGUGCAAUAAAGGAGUUUGUUAACCCAAAAUACAAAGAUUCUACUAAAUCUUUAUUCAAAUCCUCAACUAGGCUUGAGUGUAUGAUGCAAGAUUAUCCAAAAACAUUGCCUUCAUCUGCAAGAGUCGGAUUUACGGUGAUGGAUACAUGGCUUGCUUACGCACCUGUAAAGAACAACCCAGAGGAUGCUGCUAAGGUGCCAAAGGGAAAUCCAUAUCAUAGUGCAACUUCUGGAGAAACGGCCAUCUAUCGAGCAAACAGCCUAAUUCUGAGAAAGGCUGGCGUCCAAGUGGGUGAUCCUGUGGAAGAGGUCUUCAAUGGCCAAGAGGUAGAAGUGUGGCCUCGUAUCACAUGGAAGCCAAAAUGGGGGCUAAUAUUUUCAGACAUCAGAAAGAAAGUUGGCAAAAAUUGCUCCAUUUCUGAAAAAUCAACAUUGGUCAUCAAGGGCCGUAAUGUCUUUCUCGAAGAUCUCUCUUUGGACGGAACUCUUAUCGUUGAUGCUGUUGACAAGGCAGAGGUGAAAGUAGAAGGUUCAGUGCAGAACAAGGGCUGGACAAUUGAAAGCGUCGACUACAAAGAUACUUCAAUACCAGAAGAAAUAAGGAUCCGGGGUUUCAAAAUCAACAAAAUCGAACAGCUGGAAAAGAAUUAUAAUGAGCCUGGCAAGUUUAGCUUGAAGCCUUGAAAGUGAACACAUACAGGGAGACAAACGUCCUCCAUCCUUUUUAUUUUAUUUUAUUUUAAUUACUCUUAUCUGUUGUUAUUAAGCAUAGCAUUUUACCCAUUCAUCGGGUUAGGAAUAAAUCUCAUUGUUCCUUGCGUAGUUAUUAUUUAUAAGUUGGUCUAAAGCCAUUUUUUUGUUUGAAGAUGAUGAUAUUAUCCUCCUUAAGGUUAAAUUUCUUGGAUGAAUUUUUUUAAGUAUUUUAAUUCUUUCCCAUUCUAGCAAAGAAUGAGAAAAUUGUAUAAAGAGAGGCGAAUCUUGCCCUUGUAGCUUGAACAGAAA